GAAUCGAUAUCAUUCCACGUUUGCAAUGUUUACGAUAAUUAAAUACACGUCUUGCUGGUUUCUAAUCAAAAACCUACACACUUAGGAUAUUUCAACCUCAGAUCGGCGCUGAUGUCGAGGAACCAAGCAGCAGAACCCGUAUCAGAACAUGACGCAUUUUGAUUUCUGAUAUAUAUAUAUAUAUAUAUAUAUAUAUAUAUAUAUAUAUAUGUAUAUAUAUAUAUAUAUAUAUACAGAGAGGGGGGGGAAGAUUUACAUCUCAAUGCUGAUGGUGUUAACGCAUGUUCCUGUAAAUUCAUUUCUUAUUUACAUUGUUGGGCAAGUUGUAUAACGAUUUUCGUUAUCUAGAAAUUUGUGUUUAGAGCACUCAAGCGUCUUGUUGUCAAUUAUGUUCAGUAAGCCACGUAAAUCUAAUGAAGGAAAUUGAACAUUGCUCUUUGUUCUAAAUUCAUUGUACAAGAAAGCAUAUAGCGUUAUUUAACUGGCAUCCUAUCCAAAUCUUUAAUGUGAGCAUUAGUUUUUGUAAUCGAAUCGAUUCUAUUUACAUGUACAUUGGCUUGGAUGAUGAGAUUUGAUUGAAGAUGCCUAUGUUGAACAAUAUUUUUGUAUACCAUAGAGUUACUGGAAAGAUUCAUAACGGAAUGAAUGAAACUGAUGGUGCAUUAAUACCUGGCCGAUGACUUGCGUGGUAUAUGGAAUACUGAACGCCUGAGUGAGAAACGGACGUAAAGUUCCUCAGACGCAUGCUUGCUAGCUGCCAUUGAUAUAUAUUUCCCGCCAAUUCAUCGAUACGUUUACAAGCGCUCUCAAUACGUUAACAAGCUCUCGCAAAUACUAACAGUGUGUUUUCUCGUUACUCGCUAACUAUUUGUGUAAGUUGAGAUUGGACGUUGAGAUGUCCGUGGCUGGUGUGACGGUGUUUCCUUGGGCGGAGUACAUGGUCACUAACAGGAAUUCUGGUACGAGUACGGGACAGUCACAGAAGAUUUUAAGUAGUGCGGGAAUUGACAUGGACAAUGUACUGCACCUCUCCCCAGAGACGGAGGAGUUAAAGCACAUCCUGGACAGUCACCAGACGGGAUACAUUCUGCGGGUGCACACGAUUGAAGAUCUGAAUGACCUGACCGUCCUGUUGUUCGGAAAACCUCUACUGAUGAGAAUCAACCUCGUCCACACGGAAGUCUCCAGCAAGUACAGUGCCGACAAAAUUUCAAUUUGGGAAGGUGAUUUCGCUUGUGUUUUAAACGCGAGUCAUCGGCAAGUCCGAUCCCAAAUGGAAUGGGCGCUGAAACAAGCUGAAAAUCAUCUCGAUAAGGGAGAUAAAUUCAGUAUAGAGAUAGAGUUAGGGGACGUGGUGGAGGGCUGGUAUCUACAGAGCCUAGACCUAUUUUCCGGCUGUGACGACUUCCACUCAACAAAGACCCGGAAUUCCAGGCUAAUCCUGACGAAUCACACUCCGUUCAAUCACUGCUUCGACUGUCGACCAAAAUGGUGGCUCUGUCUGGGUCCCUGCUGGCUAGUUACAGCUCCCGUGUAUUAUGUGUACAGACGGCUAACCUGCAGUGAUUUGAAACUGAAAAUAAAGGCUCCCGUUACGUCACUUCCAGGAGCAAGGAGGAAAAGUAUGAACUCUGAAUCUUCACAAAAUUGUAUAGUCGUGAAUUACAAGAAAGAAGGGACUGUGUCCUGCAGACUGGCACCGAAUCGUUCCCAGACGUCCGAACUCAGUACCUAUGGUUCGAUGAUGGAACAGUCUGGUGUAUGAUGUCCGUCACCGACAAGUUUCCGCAGACCUAACUCUCGUGGAACGUCGGCGCACCUUCCUUGCAUAUGAAAUGCGUCUGAUAUGACGCUGAGGCCACCACUUGAUAAGGGUUCAGGAUAAUUAACGUUAUCCUGUCUGCAGACGACAUGUAGUAUUGAAAGUGGAAUAAGGAUUACCGGGGAAGGAGUAAAUAAGGUAUCGUGUAAUCUCCCUAAUACCACGGCUAGGAAUCAAUGCCAGUGGCCACUAAAAGUAGAAGCAAUCGAUGAAGAUUUGCAUAUCUCUGUGUGGACACCCUUCUAAGGCUUCAUCAGGUUUUCCUGAUCGAGAGAAAUGAUCAUUAAAAACAAAAUGAGAAAAUUCUUUAAUUGUAUAGAGGUAUUCUAUGAUUUGUUUUUUUAUAUGUACAUAAACGGAGAUUUUUAAUAAAAAGCCAAUAUAUCUUUCUUACUGAUGCAUGGUUUAAAAUCUGACCACGAAACACAGUAAAAUAUCUUAGUUUUA